CAUCUAAGCAAGCUCUGCGUGAAGUAAUUGAAAGGACCAGCUCUCGUCGGCGGCCAUGGACUCAACUUGUUUGAAACUUAAUACUUCUCUCAGUAUUGACCUCAAUCUCAAUUCGUAUGGAGUCUUGAAUCAAACUCCGAAUAAAGAGUUUCAAACUGAGUUUCUUAAUUCGAAGAGGAAACCAUCAGUAAACGAAGAGGCAAGUUUGUUGGUAGAAAAGUUGAAUCUGGUAACUGAAGAGAAUAAGAAGCUAAGCGAGUUGUUGGGUGUGAUGUGUGAGAAAUACAAUAAUUUGAAGAGCCAAAUGAUGGAGUUUUUGAGAAAGAACAAUGAUCAAGGACUUGUUGCUCUUCCAUUUCCUCCAUCGAAAAAGAGAAAAACCGAAAGCAACAAUAACAGCGAUAGUAAUGUGAAUCAAGGCAAUACUGAUAGCAGCUCCACUGAAGAAGAAGAUUCAUGCAAUAAGAUACCAAAGGAAGACAUCAAGCCCAAGAUCUCAAGGGUCUAUGUACAAACAGAUGCUUCUGAUACGACCCUUGUAGUGAAGGAUGGAUAUCAAUGGAGGAAAUAUGGUCAGAAGGUAACUAGGGACAACCCAUGUCCUAGAGCAUACUUCAGAUGUUCCUUUGCACCAACAUGCCCUGUAAAGAAGAAGGUACAAAGAAGUGCAGAAGAUAGAUCCAUAUUAGUAGCAACUUAUGAAGGCGAGCAUAACCAUCCAAACCCUUCACGAGCUAAGACAGCAUUGGAUCCAAACCAUGGUGUAACACUAAGCUCACUCCCCUGCUCAGCCUCCAUAAAUUCAUCAGGUUCAGGUCCAAUGGUAACACUAGAUCUAACCCAACCUGGCUCAUGUAAUGAUGUGAAGAAUUCUAGCUCAGAUAUCAGAUCGCCGGCGUUCCAGAAGUUUAUGAUCGAACAGAUGGCUUCUUCUUUGUCCAAAGAUCCCACUUUCACGGCUGCACUUGCAGCGGCAAUUUCAGGAACAUUUCAACACCAGUCCGUAGCUGGAAAAUGGUGAUAGUUUCUCUAGAAAGAUUUUUGUUUUUUGUUUUUUGUUUUUUGUUUUU